GGUCGCGUCGCCAGUGACGCCAGGUCGCCAUGCCAUGAUCGCGCCAGUACUCGCGGGGCGUUUUUUCGACGCGGUUCUCCGUGUGUAUUCCGUCGUGUCGAGCACAAGCCUAACCGUCGAUUCGCGGUGUAUCGUUCGACUUCGACCCAACACGACGGAAUGAUCGGCGAGAGAGCGGCCUAUUUCGUUUCGCACAGCCGGUGAAUAUAUAAGCGUUGCUCAACAUCGCGCAACGAUUUCGAACGAAGAGUUGAAACGAGGGCUCUCGAUACGAAGCAAGCCGGCGGCAAGUAUAUAGGAACGGUCGACUCGGCGCACCUUCCAGACGCGACUCCUCUUCCUGAAAGACGCGCCUUUUUUUUUUCCAUCCGCGUUCGCGAAGUUCUCGAUUUAUGGGAAGCGAUCGCGAAUUUUCCGAAAAACGUGAUCGACGAGGUGCACGUUCGAUUUGACGCUAAGCGUGUAAAUAAUGCCGACGAUAAUCGCGCGGUUACGAUUUAUGAGAAUCAUGAUCCUGUGACAGGAUUUAUAAGCUUCGAUUCCGAGAAGCGCAUCCCGACGGUUUUCAGCUCGGCCUGAUUAUCCUUUGGCUUGACUCCCGAUUAAAAAGCAAAAAAAAAAAACGCAAAGGCAAAAGACAGAGAAGUCCAAGAGGGCCGUUCUCGAGGAGAACGAUCAAAAGGAGAGCAAACGCAAACGCUCGGAAUCGCCUGUGGUGGUGACACAAGUGAUCAGGCAGAACUACGAUCAAAUAUCGGAACAGGAGACCGAGGAGAUCAAGACGAGAAGGACAAUGGAACAUCCGUUGAACAAUCGUGAUCGCCUAUCGCCGAAAGUCACACCGAUCACGGAUGAUUAUGAGAUCAGUAAUCACGUGCUAGGUCUCGGUAUCAACGGGAAAGUCGUGCAGUGUUAUGACAGAAACACGAGGCAGAAGUAUGCCCUCAAGGUCUUGCAUGAUUGCGCAAAGGCAAGGAGGGAAGUCGAGCUUCACUGGAGGGCAUCUAACUGUAGGCAUAUAGUUCAAGUAAAAGAUGUAUAUGAAAAUUCUUACAGUGGAAAUAAAUGCCUACUAGUAGUUAUGGAAUGUAUGGAAGGCGGAGAGCUAUUCCAAAGGAUACAAGAUAGACAAGACGGUGCCUUUACUGAAAGAGAAGCUGCGCAAGUGAUGUACGAGAUUUGCGUCGCGGUAAAACACUUACACGACAUGAAUAUCACUCAUAGAGAUCUAAAACCUGAGAAUCUUUUAUAUUCUAAACCAGAUAACACUGGAAUUCUGAAACUCACCGACUUUGGAUUUGCCAAAGAAACACAUUUAAAGGACACGUUACAGACGCCAUGUUAUACACCUUAUUAUGUUGCUCCGGAAGUUUUAGGACCAGAAAAAUAUGACAAGAGUUGUGAUAUUUGGUCCUUGGGAGUAAUCAUGUAUAUAUUAUUGUGCGGCUUCCCACCAUUCUAUAGUAAUCACGGAUUGGCGAUUUCUCCCGGAAUGAAAAAAAGGAUCCGAUUAGGACAAUACGAUUUUCCAUAUCCAGAAUGGGCGAAUGUAAGCCAGGAAGCGAAGAAUCUUAUUAAGGGUAUGCUGUGUAUCGAUCCUGCGGAAAGAUUACAGAUCAACGAUGUGAUGCGUAACAAUUGGAUCGCCAAAUAUACGGAAGUGCCUGCUACUCCCUUACACACCGGACGUGUUUUACGCGAGGGGGAGGAAAUGUGGCCCGAAGUACAGGAGGAGAUGACGCGAUCAUUGGCGACAAUGCGUGUCGAUUACGAUACAGCAUGUUUGAAGCAACUUGAUCAUACCAACAAUCCUCUGCUGAAUAAACGGCGACGCGCGAAACAGUCCGCGAACAGUGCGACGGUCCCGCCGGCUGCCAGUCCUACACCUGCAUCCUAGGAAGAGGAUAGUGCCAGAACCAGACGGAACUGGACCCUUUUUCUACGAAGAUGUGUCAGAUACAGCAUGGUCGUAAUGAGGAUCAUUCUCUGACUGUUGCAUUUUACGAAGCGAAAAUAAUUCCGGAAUAGAAUAGAAUAAUAUUGAAAGGCACUUAAAUCAUAUAUUGCACGCACUUUAAUAUCGCUUAUUAGCGUUUGAUCUAUUGAGAGUGAGAAACGGAAUUUUAUUAAACCAAAAACAAUAAAACGUGCAACAAAGACAAUAUUGUCCCAACGAAUAUAAGUAUAAAUGCGAUGUCUUUUUAAUUACCGAACGAUAUCACAAUCAUUCUUGGCUGGAAAAGAUUCAUUUAAAAAUAUUCUGUGAGAGAAAUAUUAAUCUACUAUAGGAUUGAGCUAUAUACACAUAUAUGUGGACAAAAGGUAAACAUUAUGUUAUCAAGUAUUAAUAUCAUGUUUGUUAUUAUCUCGAUUUUUGUUAGAAAUUAAUAAUUACCAUUAUUUGAAUGUGUAAUGACCUUUAGAGGCAUUAAAAGAAAGUUGGCCGA